AUGGCUUUAUGUGACGAAACGUCACAAGAUCCGCACAAGAAGGCCCUCCAGGAAAGCAUGAAGACGCUUCUGGAGUCCGGCUUAUAUGCCGACAUGCGGUUCACCUGCGAAGGCCGCGACUUUCCGACCCACCGAGCCUUCGUCUGCCCGCGGUCUCCGGUUAUUCAACGCAUGCUGCAAGAAGGACAAGGACAGUUUGUGGAGGCUAAUGCACGUGUCGUUCCGGUGAACGAGUUCACUGCGACUACGCUGGAGCGCAUGCUUCAGUACCUUUACACCACGGACUACGAUGACGGCAGAAGUAACGCCAUAAUCGCGAGGAAAUUUGCGGAGCAUGAAGAAGAAAUGCCCAUUAUCAUCGCGGAAGUUGAUGUGGGUAGAUGGGAUGUUGGUGAAGACCAUCCGCCGUUCUCUAACGGUUCUGGUGGAUCUCCAUCUGAGCUACCGAACUUCACCAUCGAGCCUCAGUCUCCGGACGUCGGAGAACGCUCCAAGGAGUUUGAGGAAAUGGUCGGAAUAGUCGAAAUCCUCCUCAUCAACGUAGACGUCUACGCUAUCGCGGGUUAUUACGAUGUUCCCUCACUGAGAGACCUUGCCACCGAGAAGGUUGCCGACUUGCUCAACAAUUACCAAUGGGAUCAAGCCGGCUUUCUUGACGUGCUGCACUACAUGUACGAGAAGAUCCCUGAGAAGAACUGUCCCCUCCGGGAUACGGCAAUUCGGGCCGCCGCGGCGCAUGUUUCCGGCCUAGUCGAGACGUACGGAGAUAGUCUUCCCUCGGCACUCGGCGGCAAGAACAAUCUAGCUGGAGAUCUGCUAACGCAGGUCGCCGCGCGACUCGCUCAAGUCAACAUCGACCAUGAGAUGACCAAGCGCAAGCUUCGUCAAGCUUCCCGCGCGAUAAGAGAAUAUACCGGUAGCUGGGGGAUCUAUUAG